GACAUAUGGUGUCAGAAGUGGGAUUAUGGCUAGUCGAAGGAAGCAAAAAGGUCGCAGAUCACAUAAAUAUGAAGAGGAAGACUUUGCUGCUGCAAGGCCGGGGUCAUCGGGGAACCCAGAUGAAGUAUCUUCCAGUCGACCUCUGGGUGAGCUGGUGUCUAUACUGAAAGACUUUUUUGUGGGACAGCAGAAGAGAGAUGAGGGCUUAUUGGAGGAGCUACGUGGACUGAAGGCAGCUAUGCCAGGAGCCCAGUCCUCUCCACAGCAAGGUCGAAGACCACCUCCAGGAUCUCAGCCCCCACAGCUUCCCCUGGCAUCACUCUCUCCAGACGAGAUAGCAACGGCAAGUAUGGACAGUGUACGGCGAGGUCAACCAAACCAGGGUAUACCAGAGGCUUUCUCCUUCGACCACGCUGACACGGAGGAGGAACGAAGACCAGAAUGGAGACAUUUUAGUGAUCCUAAGAUUCUCCCUUACCAAACUGGCGAGGACAUUGAGAACUACCUCCUGAGAUUCGAGCGCAUCGCAAAAACAUGGCGGUGGCCAGAGUCAGAGUGGGCAUGUCGGCUGGUGCCACUUCUCUCUGGAAAGGCGCUUGAAGCUUAUUCGGCAAUGGAUGAGGACGACGCGAAUGAUUAUCGGUCGCUGAAGGCGGCGCUGCUCAUCAAAUUUGACAUCUCUCCAGAGACGUACCGCCAGCGUUUCCGGAUUUCGACUGUGCCUACCGGGGAAACGCCAACCGAGACUUAUCAUCGCCUUAAGGGACUUUACCGACGCUGGGUUCGACCGGAUCAACUGUCCAAGGAGGCCAUCGGAGAGCUGAUCAUUCUGGAGCAGCUGCUGUGUGUCCUUUCUCCAGACAUCAGGACCUGGGUCAAGGAGCGCGAACCGGAGGAUGGUCUUACAGCUGCAAAAUUGGCUUUGCAGUAUCAGAACGCCCAUCGGGGGAUUUCGCGCUUCUCCAGUUCCAGUCAGCGUCUACCACCAGGACCUCCAGGACCGUCUGCACCACAGCGACACUUCAGAGGAGUAUCCAGCCAGGACAACAGAGGUAUUCCCAGUUCUACCACAUUCCAGCCAGCUCCUGGUAAGACUAUGAUCUGCUUCUAUUGUCAGCAGUCUGGACAUAAAGCGUCAGUGUGUCCGAUGCGUAAGGCUAAACUCACAGGGGCCUGUUAUGCUCCUCGUCCUGAAAUUGAGCUAGUGGGGAGCCGACAAACGCAGGGAACGGAGAAACCAGUGGUGGUCAAUGGACAGCAAACUGUAGCAUUGUUAGACAGUGGUAGUUUUACCUCCCUGGUCAAGAGGAGUCUGGUUCCUGUGAGCACCAUAGACUAUAGUACCAAGACCGACAUUGUUUGCGUUCACGGGGAUUGUCACGUUUACCCAAAGUCAGAGAUCUCAGUUGAGAUCAAUGGACAACAGUAUCUUCUGACAGUAGCUGUAGUCGAUGAUCUACCAAAAGAUUUAAUUCUUGGGACUGAUUUUCCUCUGCUAAUGGACUUGUUGCAGGGGGGGGAGAGUGACUUUGUUGAGAAGGGGAGGGGCAAGGUGGCAAGUCCUGUUGUUACCCGGUCUCAGGUUCAGGCUACUGGUCUCCAACCUCUGCCAGACUUGGAUGAUAGUCUGUUCGAGGGGGGAACUAAGGGGCCUCAUAAGUCCAAGCGGCAGCGACGCUUUGAAAAAGAACUUGGGGGUGUAGGGCAUGAUGUCAACGGAUUAACGGUAGAUGGGUUGUGGGAGGUGCCGGGGAACAUUGCUAGCUUGCAGAGGCAGGAUGUUUCUUUAAAAUCUUUGUAUGAGAAAGUGGUGAAGGGCCCACACUGUUCCUCUUUGGGUCAGGAACAGUUUGUUUUGGAUAAUGAUGUUCUGUAUGCCUGUAAUGAUGAUCGCAAACGUCUUGUGAUUCCGGCGACUUGCAGACAGUUAAUUAUGCACCUUGCACAUACAUUCCCAUGGGCCGGACAUUUGGGUCGCCAUAAAACGUUCCUUCGCAUUAGCGCACGAUUUUUUUGGCCAGGCAUGUACACUGAUGUACAAACAUAUUGCAGCACAUGUCCUGAGUGUCAGUUAACUAGUUGUCCCCGCAAAUCUGACAGGGCAUUACUCCAGCCGCUACCCAUCAUCUCUGAGCCGUUCCGUCGGAUCGCUAUGGACAUCGUCGGGCCACUGCCACGGAGCAGCCGGGGUCACCAGUACAUUCUGGUCUUGAGUGACUAUGCCACGCGCUUUCCAGAGGCAUUCCCACUAAGGACAAUUACUGCCCCAAGUGUGCUCCGAGCCUUGAUCCAGCUCUUCUCGCGAGUCGGAAUACCUGAGGAAAUAGUAACCGACCAGGGAACGAACUUUACAUCCCGGUUACUCCAUCUGUUCCACAAACAACUAGGUAUCACUGCCAUUAAAACCACACCGUACCAUCCACAAACCGAUGGAUUAGUGGAGCGGUUUAACCAGACUUUAAAGAGAAUGCUCCGGAAGUUUGUGGAUGAUUCAGGGAAAGACUGGGAUCGCUGGCUCCCGUUCCUGUUGUUUGCUUACAGGGAGGUGCCCCAGGCAUCAACCGGCUUUUCUCCCUUCGAACUUUUGUAUGGGUGGGAUGUCCAGGGGCCGUUGGAUCUAUUGACUGCGGUAUGGACGUCACCGGACCCCAAAGCCAACGAACGAGGAGUUGUACAAUUUGUCCUCCAGAUGAGAGACCGGUUGGCUCAGUAUCGAGAAGAAGCAAAGGUCAAUCUAAAAGAGGCUCAGCAGAAACAGAAGCUGUGGUACGAUAAGCAGGCUCGGACUCGGAACUUUGAGCCGGGCCAAAAAGUUCUGCUUCUACUGCCCUCCUCCAAUAGUAAGCUUUUGGCCAAGUGGCAGGGUCCAUAUGUCGUCAUUCGACGCAUGGGACCUGUAACCUAUGAGAUCCACCACCCCGAGAGAAAGAGGGCUAAACAAACGUACCAUGUCAAUCUGUUAAAGGAAUGGAAGGAGCGGGCUGUGUCUGGCCCUGCCCUCCUGCCCCAGGGUGUGGAGGAGGUGGACAAAGAGGAUGGUCCAGAUGUAAGACUUAUUGCUGAAGUGGAGGGUGACCUUGACCUAUCCCACCUCGUUGAGGAACUAGUCGUAGAGCUUCGACAGCUCUUUGCUGAAAUGCCCUCUUUGUUCUCUGCGACGCCUGGAAAGACAAGGGUGAUCGAACACACUAUCCGACUUAAAGAUACCCGUCCUUUCCGCCAACGGCCCUAUCGUGUGCCUCAAAAGUUGGUGGGGCAGCUGCAGAAAGAAAUUGAGGCCAUGUUGCAGCUGGGCGUGAUCGAGCCAUCUAACUCUGAAUGGUGCAGCCCAGUUGUGAUAGUGUACAAGAAGGAUGGGACACUGCGGAUUUGUAUUGACUUCCGUAAGCUCAACUCAGUUUCAGAGUUUGACGCCUACCCCAUGCCCCGAAUUGACGAGCUGUUGGAACGCAUCGGAUCAGCGAGAUACAUCACAACUCUCGACCUAUGCAAAGGGUAUUGGCAGGUGCCUCUAGACCCCAGCAGCCGUCCUUAUACGGCCUUCCGUACUCCUGCAGGACUCUUCCAGUUUACGGUGAUGCCGUUUGGCCUCCACGGAGCACCUGCCACUUUCCAACGGCUCAUGGAUAAAGUUCUGCAAGGAUGCGAAGAGUGCAGUGCGGCAUAUUUAGAUGAUGUUGUGAUCUAUAGCCAGACAUGGGAGGCACACCUAGGUCACUUGAAGAAGGUCUUGGGGAAGAUCCAGAGUGCGGGCCUCACCCUGAACUUAAAGAAAUGUGAAUGGGUUCGAGAAGAAGUGAGGUACCUGGGCUACCAGCUUGGGCAGGGCAAGGUAAGACCCCAAGCUGAUAAGGUGGAGGCAAUACGGAACUGUCCUCGACCCAGAACCAAGAAAGAGGUGCGGUCUUUCUUGGGUCUUGCUGGGUGGUACAGACGUUUUGUACCCCGGUUUGCCACUAUUGCUUCUCCACUCACCGCUCUGACCGGUAAAGACCGAAAAAACCCAGUGACCUGGACUAAUCAGUGUGAGACGGCCUUUCAGUCCUUGAAAGAGUCUCUGUGCUCAUCUCCUGUUCUCCAAAGUCCAGAUUUUACCAAGCGCUUCUUGGUCCAAGUUGAUGCGUCUGCAGUUGGGAUUGGUGCGGUUCUGGCUCAAGGUGAACCAGGUGAAGAGCGACCCAUUCUCUACUUGAGUAGGAAACUGCUACCGCGGGAGGUCAGGUAUUCGGUGGUCGAAAAAGAGGGGCUUGCUAUCAAAUGGGCUCUCGAGAGUCUCCGCUACUAUCUCCUUGGAAGGGAGUUUGACCUCGAGACGGACCAUCGGGCGCUCACCUGGAUUCACAGCAUGAAGGACCAUAAUAGUCGGCUGACAAGGUGGUAUCUGUCCUUGCAGCCAUUCAGGUUUGCUGUGCGGUAUCGGAAGGGUGCAACCAAUGUGGUGGCUGACUACCUUUCUCGGUUGCCUUACAACCUUGGAGAGGGGGAGGAUGGUGUGACGGAGCAGCCCCGUCAGCACACGCAGUAAGCAUAAGAGGCUACAGAGCAAACAUGUCCACAUACACUCAGUACCGUCGAUUUUACUUGCCUGGCCGUUUUUUUUUUUUCCUCUUUGUUUUUCGGUUUUGCGCGGUUGGUUUCGGCGGCCGUCGGGGGUGCACACUCGGCGGCUGUUGGAGUGGUCCUCCGUUCGUGGUUUUGUCGGGUGGUGUCCGUUGUGGGGUUUCCGUGCUCCGUUCACGGCUUUACUCAGCCAACUUGAGCAUACACAACA